GCCGGCGCAACCUCCAAUGAUUUAUUCGUGAUAUACAUAGAUAGCUUGCCAAAACUUAAAACUAAAUUACUAGUUAUGUGAAUUAGUGCCUUGUUACCAGUGAAUAAGUUAUUAAAUAUGAAUCCGAAUGCGUUUGUUUUUGUCAGCUUGUGUAUUAUUGAAUGGACCGUCAACGCUCAAUUUGGGAGUGUGUCAUUAAGUAUGGGAUUUGCUGAGAGAAAUAAUAACGACGAUUAUGACAAUGUUAAAGGUCCCUGUCCGCCAAAUACGCAAUGUAAACCAAUAAGUUCAUGUCCUAUGCUAGAAGAUUUACUGGACUUUUCAUGUUUUUCAUCAGACAAGUAUUUCCAUCGCUUGAACGAGUUGACCUGUGGUCACGCCAACAAUGAGGACUACGUAUGCUGCCCUUCAUGUGACUGCAGCAGGAUAUACCAGGACGGCACCGACAGAUGCGGCCAGAGUAUGGUCAAAGCUGUCAACUAUACUGGUAUUGGUGCUCAUCCCUGGGUCGCCAGGGUUGGAUUCACUCAUAAAGAGUCGGGUAAUGUACGAUUCGCUUGCAGUGGCUCGAUCAUCUCGAAGAGAGUGGUGUUGACUGCAGCCCAUUGUGCUUUGGCCAAACCUGAGGGGUAUAAAUUAUCAACAAUAGUAGUGGGUGAAUGGGAUACGGGGCGGAGUCCUGACUGCAGUGAAUUCUUCUGCGCGCCCCCCACACAGGCCAUCAAAGUGGAUAACGUGAUCGUCCAUCCAGGGUAUGAGAAGAAGAUAUUCCGACACGAUAUAGCGCUGGUCGUGCUUAAAGAGGAAAUCAAAUAUUCAGUGACCGCAGCGCCGGUGUGCCUCAACGAUAGGACGGAAAUUGUUAUUAAUGAACGCGCGGCGCUGGUUGGCUGGGGGAAACUGUCGGGGCAAAACAACGCGGUGAGUCGCCAGCAACUGUUAAACGUUCCCCUGGUCACCCUGGAAACCUGUGAACGCAUCUUCGGGGAUUCCGUACCUGUACAUGAGGGUCAGCUCUGUGCUGGUGGGGAAGAAGGCAGGGAUGCUUGUUCAGGGUUUGGAGGCGCACCGCUUUUGCUGAAUCGGGACGGACAGUAUUUUCAGGUAGGAAUCGUGUCUUUUGGCUCAGAAAACUGCGGCAGCGAGGGAGUACCCAGUGUGUACACCAACGUAGCUCACUACCAUCGGUGGAUAGUUGAGAAUUCACCAUCCUAAUUGUAUUAAACAAAACAUAAUAGUCUUAAUAUACAUAUAUCUAAUUGUACUGUAUAUUUAAAUAAA